AUGGCUUCUCCGGACCUGGUAGAAGCUAUGCGCAAGCUCCACUUGAGCAGUCAACAGAGCGACGCUAUUAUCGACGACAUCCUCUUCCAACAGGGACCUCGAAAGCGACAGAAGCAAGACCCCGCCGACCUGAAGGCAGAUCUCGAACGCAAAUUCCUCGAGCCCUCCAACAAGUUCUCUACCGAAUGGCUCAACCGCCUGCAGCAGCGAUGGGACUGCACCACUGACCUCGCCGAGCUCUUCCACAUCGCGCCCACCCAGACCCGCACCGUGACGCGCUUUCAGAGACAGGCCCUGGAGGGCAGGGUCACCGGCUACAAGAAUAUCACCAUCCCGGCGAACAGCGCUACCGCCAAGAACUCGACCUCGUUGAUGCGCAAACCGGGAAAUAGGACCGACUUCGUGCGCGGUGCUGCCGGCUUCUUCCCCUUCGCGCCCGGCGGUUUGGCAGGUGUCGAAGCUACUGCUGCCAUGGAAGACAAGAUGAUGAGAUCAACUGGUGUCGGGAACGAGGGAUCACAGAACAAACUCGAGCGUGUCAUCAAACUGGGUGGUGAAGGUGGAUUUCUCGAGGUCGCCCCCGGUCUCACGCGGGGCAUUGACUUCACCAGGAAAAAGUCGAAGGUCAACGAGAAAGAAGCCAAGGCGAUCGAAGCAGAGCUUGACCAAGAACCCGAGCAAAGCCCAGAGAAGGAAGAUGUCAACGGCAACGCGGAUGCGGACGAUGUAGAGGAGGAGGCAGAUGAAGAAGAUGAGGAUAUUGACGCUUUGUUGCCCAUUGAGUUCCCAGCUUUGGAACCACAUGCCAAUCUCGCAGUAUCGAGCGCUAGAAAGGCAGGUCGCGAAUGGGCACACAUGGUUGACAUUAACAGGGGCAUCAGCAAUUUCCGCGAGCUUGUGCCAGAUAUGGCCAGGGAAUGGCCCUUCGAGCUCGAUACCUUCCAGAAAGAGGCCAUAUACCAUCUAGAGAGCGGCGACUCCGUCUUCGUUGCUGCUCACACGUCCGCUGGAAAGACAGUUGUCGCAGAGUAUGCUAUUGCCCUGGCGGCGAGACAUAUGACGAAAGCUAUCUACACCUCUCCCAUCAAAGCUCUGAGCAAUCAAAAGUUCCGCGAUUUCCGGGAGACAUUCGACGAGGUGGGCAUUUUGACCGGCGACGUUCAAAUCAACCCCGAAGCAAGCUGUCUGAUUAUGACCACCGAGAUUCUGCGAAGUAUGCUGUAUAGAGGCGCUGAUUUGAUUCGGGACGUCGAGUUCGUCAUCUUCGACGAAGUUCACUACGUCAACGACUUCGAGCGUGGUGUCGUUUGGGAGGAAGUCAUCAUCAUGCUCCCGGAGCACAUAACCUUGAUUCUGCUUUCCGCGACCGUGCCCAACACAUACGAAUUCGCCUCUUGGGUUGGUAGAACCAAGCAAAAGGAUGUAUAUGUCAUCUCAACCCCUAAGCGCCCUGUGCCUCUCGAGCAUUACCUGUGGGCCGGCAAGGAUAUCUACAAGAUUGUUGAUCCCCAGAAGAAGUUUCUCGAGAAGGGGUGGAAAGAGGCCGACCAAGCCAUGCGGGGCAAAGAGAAGGUAUUGCCGCCUCCAGCCGCUCGUGGAGGCGGCAAUCAGCGGGGAAACCAGAGAGGAGGUAAUCAGCGUGGUGGAGGUCAACAGCGUGGUGGACAACGAGGUGGUGGCCAGCAGCGCGUUCGGGGUGGUCCUCCGAGGGCUAGCCAUGCCCCCGGACAUAUGGGCCGUGCUGGCCGUCCAGGCGGGUUCACGUCAGCUUCACAAGACAAGAAUCUCUGGGUUCACUUGGUGCAAUAUCUCAAGAAGUCAACCCUAUUACCUGCCUGUAUCUUCGUCUUCUCGAAGAAACGGUGCGAGGAAAAUGCGGAUGCGCUUAGCAACCAAGAAUUCUGCACUGCUCAGGAAAAGAGCCACAUCCAUAUGAUCAUCCAGAAGUCCAUUGCCCGACUGCGACCUGAGGACCGAGUGUUGCCGCAGAUUAUUCGUCUGCGGGAGCUUCUGAGUCGAGGCAUAGCAGUACACCAUGGAGGACUGCUGCCAAUCGUCAAGGAAAUUGUCGAGAUCCUCUUUGCGCAAACCCUGGUAAAGGUCCUGUUCGCGACCGAGACGUUCGCAAUGGGUCUAAAUCUGCCGACUAGGACAGUGGUCUUUUCGGGCUACCGAAAGCAUGACGGACACUCUUUCAGAAACCUACUAGCCGGCGAAUACACCCAAAUGGCUGGCAGAGCUGGUCGACGUGGGCUGGACACUGUUGGAUCAGUCAUCAUUGUCCCUCCUGGUGGUGGCGAUCAGGCGCCGCCAGUGGUUGAUCUUCAGAAGAUGAUCCUCGACCCGCCUAGUAAGCUGCGGUCUCAAUUCAGAUUGACCUACAACAUGAUUUUGAACUUGUUACGGGUGGAAGCUCUGAAGAUCGAGGAGAUGAUUAAGCGCAGCUUCUCUGAGCAUGCCACUCAGCAGCUGCUUCCGGAGCACGAAAAGGCUGUCAAAUUGUCAGAAGCCGAUCUUGCCAAAGUCAAACGGGAACCCUGCAGCAUUUGCGACGGAACUCUGGAGCAAUGCCACCAGGCCUCUAUGAAUUACAAGCAACUGACUGAAGAGCUGUAUAAGGGUCUUCUGAGCAUAACCUUCGGCAAGAAGAUGUUCUCUACGACUCGUCUCAUAGUAUUCAACAAAGACGGCGUCCGGACUACGGGCAUUCUCUUGUCUGAAGGGGUUAGCACGAAGACUCUGGGUGGACAGCCGACGGUGCAUGUAUUUGAGAUCAAAUCUGGACGCGAAACUCGCGACUCGAGCGACCUCUUGCCGUUCAUUCCUGCUUUCAGACCGCUACUGAAGCCCAUCUCUCAACAGAAGAGAUCCAUCAUCGGCAAGCCACUUCAUGUACCGCUCAGCGACGUUGAGUGUCUUACCGGGAAGCUUGCACCUGGCAUUGUGCCUGAAUACUUCCAAAUGCAGGAACUGAAGCAGAAAGCUAAAGAGCGAAUGCUCAAGAUUUGCCACACCUGGGAGUCGGAGAUGUGGGACGAGAUUAGUUUCUCCAAGAUCAAGAGCUUGAGUCUACAGGAUAUCAUCCAGAAGCGUCAGCAAGAGCUAGCAACCAUAGAGGCAACGGCUACGACCAGUUGCCCGAAGUUUCUAAAACACUUCGCCAUGUGUCAUGACCAGUGGCUCAUCAAGGAGCACAUCUCCUCGCUUCGUCAAGCGCUCUCUGACCAGAAUCUCCAGCUCCUCCCUGACUAUGAGCAGCGCAUACAGGUUCUCAAGGAUCUGUCAUUCAUCGAUACCGACGCUCGUAUCCAGCUUAAAGGCAAAGUGGCCUGUGAGAUACAUUCGGCAGACGAGCUUGUCCUCACUGAGCUCAUUCUCGACAACGUCCUUGCCGAGUACGAACCCGCGGAGAUUGCCGCCCUACUAUCAGCUUUCGUUUUCCAAGAGAAGACCGACUCUGUGCCAAACCUGACCGGUAAUCUUGAACGCGGCAUGAAGACCAUCAUCGAGAUCGCCGAGAAAGUCAACGCGGUGCAGACGGAGCACCAGGUCAUUCAGAGCGCGGAAGAUAGCAACGACUUCGUCUCGAGACCCCGCUUCGGCCUGAUGGAGGUCGUGUACGAGUGGGCGCGCGGCAUGAGCUUCAAGAACAUCACCGACCUGACGGACGUGCUGGAGGGUACCAUCGUCCGCACCAUCACGCGGCUGGACGAGACGUGCCGCGAGGUCAAGAACGCGGCGCGACUCAUUGGCGAUCCCGAGCUGUACCAGAAGAUGCAGACGGCGCAGGAAAUGAUCAAGCGGGACAUCACUGCGGUGGCUUCGUUGUAUAUGUGA